CAUAUAGAGGGCAGUAAGUGAGAUGGAUCUGAAAGUUUAAGAUACAAAACAAAGAAUAAAUACAUCCCACACCCCUCCUGACACCUGUUUUUGGUGGGGCUAAGGCUACUGGAUUUGUAUCAGCAGCACCAACCAGCAGCAGCACUGCUGUGAAGGGGGUGGAGACUCGAUGGCUCACCAGGAAUGCUUGUCAAAAGCAUUUUUUCCUUUUUAUUUCCGGAAUAAUUUUCAAGAGACGGGCAGGAGCUGCAGAACACCCACAGUGCUCAGACUGCUGCCCGUGCAGAGCCCGGCACCACAGGUGUUGGAGCACCUUCCCUCCCUUCCUCCUCUGGAAACCUUUCCCUGCGGACAGACCGCACUGGGGACACUCGGCCACCCGCAGGCUCUGCAAGAAGUGAUCAGCUCAAAGCUGGGAGGCCCAACAGGUUCGCGCUCACACUGUGGCAGCUCCCUGGAGUGACUCAGAGGAGGACGAAACCUGCAGCUUUGUCCACCAGGGGGCAGAGCUGGGGGGCCAUCCUCACGAGAACAGUAACAGGACAGGCUGUCCAUGCUGCCAUCCAUGUCUGAACCCCUGGAAUGGAGGCUGGGCACAGGAAGGACAUCAUGACUCAGGGGAGGACACCCCACUAAACAGAAACCUUCUGCUGGGUUGGGCAGGUUUUGUUCAUUAACAGAAGGAUUUCCAUCACCAAGAACAAUGGAUUACAAAACGUUACCUGUGAGUGAAUGGGUUGAGAACCACGUCAAAUGCUGGCUGGAAUCUACCGGAAUCAAGAAGGAGUAUGUAGAUAAACUAUAUGCAGAAGAAGUGACAGGUCCAGCAUUAAUGGAACUGGAUGAGUCUUUCCUCAAAGACAUAGGAAUGAAGAAAGGCCAAAUCCAGAUCUUAAUCCGCAAGAGAAAUGAACUUCUGCGGCGCCAGGACAAUGCACAGCAAGCUGAGGACUCCAGCAGCAAAACGCCCGACAGAAGGGAUGCAGAAACAGCCAGAGCCAGCAAUGCCCCUGCUCAGGGCACAGCGAGUGGAGGCAGCUCUGGUGCUGUGGGUACCACCAGCAGUGAGAGCACAGCACCUACUUCUGGCAAGAAGCAAAAAAGAAGCAAGAAAUCCCAGCUUCAACGAGCUGAUGAAGUCUUAGAGGUCAGAAACUGUCGGCCAUUUAGAAGUCAGGAUACCGAUUUCAAGUAUGUGAAAGACACAGUUCUUGCUCCAGAAUCAGGAGUCAGCGAUUUAAUCAUUCCUUGCCAUGAAUACAAAUCCUGUGACACUGCUGCAGAACUGAACAAACAUCAGCUGCAAUCAAAAUUUGCCUCUGAAGUGAUAAGAUUUGCUUCGGCCUGCAUGAACAUUCGAACAAAUGGCACCAUCCAUUUUGGUGUCAUGGACAGUGUUGAGGACAAGGGCUGGAAACAUGGACAGAUCGUCGGCAUAAAGGUCAAAAACCGAGAAGACUUUGUUGAUGCACUGGAUUAUAUAGAAAAGUGCUUUUGUGAUAAUUUACAAGAAAUUGCAAGGAAGUGUAUUCACCCACCUGUGUUUGUUGAAGUGAUUUCAAGAGACUCUCAAGAGCAAAGAUUUGUAGUGGAGGUUGACAUUGAACCAACAUUCAGCUUGGUAAAGAACAAAUGUUUUGAAGUUUUUUUGCCAAAAUACAAUGAAAGCAGUCAGAAGGCGAUCCUGACCAAAGAACCAGCUCUCUACCAGAGACUGGGAGCCAAGUCUGAGCCUGUGCAGCGCAGCAAACUCGCUGCUUUCAUUCAAGCCAUGCCAGACAGGGAUGCUCAAAGACAAAGAGCUGAGCUCUCCAGCACACAAGUACCUACAGAAAUACCUCAAGAUUUAGGAAGAAAGUUAUCAAUUCUAUUAAAUGAUGGCAAAAGCUACAUGGAUGAUUCCCUACGGUACAUCCUUGUCACAAACAGAUGUGAACAGGAUAAUCUGAACAACAUUGACUUUUUAAUGCACUUGAACAUUUUCUGUGUCUUUGACUUUGAUGAACAUUCUAAUGUGUCAGGGCUGUACAGCAAAUACAAAGAGCACCAUGAAACAAGUUCUUAUUUUUUACAGGAUUUUUUCAAAGAAAUUAAGACUGAUAAUUCUCCCUCUCAGAAACUGUUUGAUCAGACCAGCUGGAUAUUCUGCAAUGGGCGCAGUGACUUCCUUGGGGAUGAGAAAGCUUGUGAUGAAAAUACAUGGAUUAGAACCAAAAAAAAAUACCUGAAGAAAGUAAUUACUUGUAUCUGUGAGGAAAUUCUGCCAGAGCGCUCUUUCAUUGUGCUUUUUCUAUUGCUGUCACCAGUGCAGAAACCACUUGUGGACACUUUUCAGGAAUUCUAUACAGAGAUGAAUGGCAUGGAGUACAUUAUCUGCAUUGCAGAGUCCAGAGAAAAUUACAGGAAGUGGGCUAAUCUAGCUCAGGAAUCCUGCAGCAUUGAGACCCUAGAACAAUGCAGUAUUGUGGGUAUGAAGCUCAGUCAUGUAGAUGCCACCAUCCAAUCAAUGCUGCCUUCUACAGCCCAACCCAGACACAUGCCAGCUUCCACUGGAGGCGUGUGUACGCUUCCCUUGCGGGAAGAAGAGAAACUGUAUUCCCUAGAAAUCCUUUGUGCUGACCAAUGUGAUGAGAUCAAAUUAAAUCUUUGGACUGAAAAACAAAAACAAGAAAUAGAACAAAAUUUUUACCGCGGGGGAAAAAUCAUGUGGGAAAACCUCUGGCUUGCUGAUAAUAAACUCUGUGGGGACAUCAUUGAACGUGAAGCAUGUGCAGAGGCAAGCAAACUGCUGGAUGGCAUUUUACGAGGAGGUGGGCACAAUUAUUCUGUGGCUAAACUAAAGAUAUUUCACCAUCCUGGGAGUGGUGGAAGCACAAUAGCACGGCAAGUUCUAUGGAAAAGCAGAAAGCGUUUUAGAUGUGCUGUUAUCAAGACCUCAUAUUCACCCUCAACUGUUUGUAAUCACGUGCUCGCCCUGAGAGAUUACGAAGAAAAGGAAAUCACUCACUGUUUUCCUGUCCUGCUCCUGAUCGAAGAUUACGAUGAUGAGUACUUUGAGGAACUACAGAGUGAGUUAAUAGAGGCUGUAGCAACCAGGAAAAUGAAUACCUCCAGGCCUUACUUCAUCCUCAUAUGCUGUAGACGAUGCAAUGACCCUGAAAGGCUUUGCAAGGCUUCGCCACUGGACACGGUUGCUGUCACUCACAAACUGACAGAGUCAGAGAAAAAUCUGUUUAACAACAAACUUUUGAAACUGCAGCAGAAAUAUGAUGAGCCAGAAUUCAUACUUACGUUUGUGCUGAUGUGUGAGGAGUUCAAUAAAACAUAUGUGUCAGACAUGGUAGAGCACAUCCUGCAAGGCAUCGACCCUUCCUCUCGUGACACCUGCUUGAUGCGUUACAUUGCUCUGCUCAACUGCUAUGUACCAAAUUCAUACCUUUCACUGUCACACUGUGAGGCUUUUCUGGGGCUGGGGGCAUAUACAGAGAUUAAAGCAAGAGCAUACGAUUUCAAACAUCACUUGAGUGAACAAGUAAGAAUGAUUUUUAUUGAGCUAAGGGAAAGCACUACUUAUAUUUCAUCUAUUCGGAUUAUACACUGCCUGGUUGCAAAAGAAAUUCUGCAUCAGCUUUCAGGGAAUCAAUCACUAAGUCAACUUGCAACAACUCUUCUUCAGGAAAAGAUGCUCUUUGAAAACAGAUUUGGACGAGAAGAAUUCAUAAAGUUUAUCAGACAUCUGUUUAUUCGACGUGAUAAAAGAAGCAGGGGUGACAAUACUGACACUCUCUUCUCCCCAUUCAUUGAACAUGUCUGUGAAGCUGAAGACUGUGAAAAAGCCAUUGCUGUUUUAAAAGCUGCAUAUGAGCUCCUUGGAAAAGAUCCUUUUUUUGCCCAGCAGCUUGCCAGACUAAAUUACAGCAAUGAAAAAUUUGAAGAUGCUAAAUACUGGGCACAGGUUGCAAAAUCACAUUUGCCAACUGAUUCUUUUAUUUUGGAUACAGAAGGUCAAGUCUACAGGAGAUGGUUUAGUUUCACUGUGGAUAAAAUGACUGAGGAAGAUACCCCCGAAAGUAUCACUGAGAAGAUAUUGCUUGCCCUUAAAGCUAUGAAAUGCUUCAGGGCCGCACAACAGGCAGCAAAGGCAGAACGUGAAAGUAUGAACAACGCUGGCUAUUUUGGAGAAGUAGAAGUAGGUUGUCGCCUUCUUCGAUUUUUGUCCACACUGCCUGUAUUCCACAGAAGCCCAGAGGGGGAACAUACUGAGCUUGUGAAAUAUCUCACCACUGAUUACAUUCCUGAAGACAUAAAAAGAACAUGGGGAAGGCUUCAUUCCCGCUUGAAAGGCUUGCGCCAGAACCUGUACAAUGCUCUGGAAUGGAUUUCAGAAGAACUAAGUUAUUUCCAAACAGAUAAAAACCAAGAGAAGGACGAUGAAAAUGAUGAUAAGGAAGAACAAAUUCAUAAUCCCAGAAAAUGGCUGAGAAAGCAGUCAGCUGUAUACGCUAAAUUCUUCGUCUCGGCAUCACUUACAGAUGACAGCAACAAUGGUCCUGACACUCAGCUCAUGAGACGCAUGAGUAUUUAUGGGAGCGGUGGAGGAAAUGUCACCAAUAUCCUGUCUUUCUUAACAGAUAAGAAAGAGAACAGAUCAGCUGAAAAGCUGGAAAGGAUCCUUAGUUUCUAUCCAGAAAACCCAUCAAGGAACAAGUUGGAGGACAAUGAUUUGAUCAAUUUUAUUUUGUGCCACAUCACAUUAGCCUGCUUAGCACCAGGAUCAGCCAAACUCCUUCCACUGCCAACUCUUCGUGAGCUCAGUCUAAGAUUCUUCAAAGGAAAGAGACAAUUUCCAGCAAGUGCCUAUUUUUUGCUCACCUUGCUGUACUGGCCAGAUGAGGCAUUAGACAAAGAGCCUAAUCCUGAUAAAGAUGAAAUUUUAACUUCAGCUCUUCAAACCCUGAAACGCCUAUAUGACAUCAAAAUGAAAGAUGUUCCUACCAGAAAGAAAAGAAUCUACACCCAUUUUUUUCUGGGAAAGGGUUAUGGCUUAAGUAAGAUAGUGCACAAAACUAAAAUUGACAAAUUGAUGGUGGGGUCCUUAGAUGAGAGGAGAAUGAAGUGGCUGCAUGGAACUGUAUGGAAUAUUUUCAAAAUUCGUGACAAUCUUAAAAGAGUCUCUGGCUGGACCCAGGACAGAAAUAUAUUUAUACGAGGUCAUGGGAAGGAACUCCGUAUCUUGCCACUCCAUCAUGAAUCAGUGCCUGCUGGAAGUGAAAAUGUGACCUUUUAUUUAGGCUUUUCAUUUAAUGGUCUUGUUGCUUUCAAUAUUGAGGUUGAAAAUGAUCCAGCCACCAAAAGAACCUAAGGUAUGUAGUACAGUACUGUAUGCACUGUGCUCUUAGAGGGUACAGCACUGGAAGGGUCCAGUCUCACAUUUCAAACUAAAAGUGGACUGACCAGGUGUCACCGACAUGUUUUAUGAAAAAUCCUUUUCUUAGGAUUUUUCCUCCCGAGAAGCUGAGAGGCCUCAGGAACAAAAUGUAAACAAUGAUUCUCUGCUGCUGUGGAAUAGAAUUCAACAAGUAGAUCUGUGAUUGGUCUCGUGUGAUUGUUUCUAAUUAAUGGCUAAUCACAGUCCACCUAUCUUGGACUGUCUCAAUCAGUCCAAGCCUUUGUUAUUCAUUCCUUUUUUAUUCUUAGCCAGCCUUCUGAUGGAAUCCUUUCUUCUAUUCUUUUAGUAUAGUUUUAAUACAAUAUCAUUAAAUAAUAAAGUCAAGCCCUUUGAAACAUGGAGUCAAGAUUCUUGUGUCUUCCCUCAUCCUGGAACCCCUGUGAACACCGUCACAACCAGGCAACAAGAAUAUCAGAAUUAACAACUAUAAUAGUGACCAAAUAACUAAAAAAAAAAUUAAACUAUGAGUAGAGUGAACUUUGAGCCAAGUCUUUGAUAGUUUUGGAGUUACAGAAAGCAAGAUUACAGAAAGACAACAACUGAUCUGUUUUCUUCUUAUCCCACAGAUUAGGAUUUUAAGUAAAUUUCCAUGUAGUCUUGAUCAGCAAAAGAAUUUGUCCAGUGUAACUACAUUUUCCUUCCUGAAUCAGCAACAGAAAAAUGAACUCAGACCACAUACACUCCUGACAUGUACCAUGGAUGAAAUAACUACUGACUGCAAAGCCAGUGUCAGUAUGGAAGCAAUUUUAAAGCUGAUAAAAAACAAUCAGACUGAUAAAAAACAGGUUACAAAUUCUGCAUAAUCCUACAUUGCUUCUCUGUGUAAAUAUUACCUUACUAGACAUACAUGUAUCUGGGGUGGGGUGGAGAGAUAUGUGAGCAGAGUCAUGGGUGACAAAAGAGAUUAGUUGUAUGCACUGUUAUGUGUUCAUAGUCCAAACAAUUCCUGCACUUGGUGAAAUUAUUUUGCAUUAUGAGCCAAGGAAUGCCACAGAAUACAGAACUGAAAUUUGUCUAGAGCAUACAUCAAUGAUUUGAAAAAUGCAGGUCUUCAGUGCUGUGUUUGCAACCAUGUUGCCACAUUCAGCUUCUAAUAAUAAAAGUGUGUGUUCUUGGAGUUUCCCAUUGUUUGAUAUAAGAUGUUGUGACUAAAAUUGCCAAAACCCCCUGACAUAUAACUUGUUUUAAUCAAAUAAAUAUCUUUUGUGAAGGA